AUGGAAAAUCGGACAACGACAACAAUCACGGCUGUUCCAGCAGUUCCUGUGAAAACCGAUGAGGUUCUAGAUGCGUCAAGCUCAAAUUUAGAUCUUGCGGAUUAUAGUCUGUCGUUGAAAUCGCUGCGCACAGGCCCAGUGUCUCUAUCUUCACCGCUCCAGUUGACUUCUGUAUCUUGCCAAGAAAUCAAUAAAUUGCACUGGCGCUUGCCGCGAGCGGGAUCAGCUCCAUUGCUCCCGAAUCGGAAUUUCUCGUUUCCCGUUCGUGAUAGUGGUUGCGUUACGGAUAGUGCCGAUUAUGAUCAACCGCGAGUGCAAUGCGUUGCUUCCACAAGCUCCGCAAUUGAUGUUGACAAUUAUCAGUCACCUCAUAUUGAAACGGAAAGCAAACCGCAAACGAGGCAGCUGCUCCAGAAUUUCAGGUAA